GUGUGCGUCCAUGCGUGUGUGUGUGGACCAGCAGGCAACACACACUUCCACAUUCGUUCGCAACAUGGCGUUGAAGCGCCGAGAGACACGACGGCUCUACCCUGACUAAUGCAACCUUAUUGUUAGGAAAGCCGGGAUAACCAAAGAGACCUAAACAUUCACAGAGACUCUUUUACGCACCGGCCGAGACAAUAGCGGAUUCCAACAUAUGCAUGUCGCUAUAACGGUAUAGCUGGUUGUAUAGACGUACGCUGCUACCCCACUGGUCGAAAUCAAAGGCUGUACAUGGCGGUGGAGAGUACAAUUUGGCUGCUCUGUCUUCUUUCGCUGUUUUGUGGUCCAUCCCAGCAAGAAAAGCCUGUUUCGGUCGAGCUGAGCUGCGGGGCUGGGCCCAGCCAUGUAGUGUUGGAACCAGGUUUGCCCCUCUUGCUGGACUGCAACCUUGGGGCCAGUGACGCACCUUUUAAUGUCACCUGGCUUCAGGAUGGCCAGCUUCUGCCUCUGGAGGGGGGUGACUUCCUGCAGUAUUUGGCCAACGGAUCCCUCCUGCUGCUGCCCACCUCUAAGGAUGGCCAGCCUCCCCAGGGUGUGGCGGGGGGCUACAGCUGUGUGAGUGCCAGCGCACUCGGAGCCCUGACCAGCAGGACUAUAAAUGUCCUUCUAGCAAGUCUGUCUACAUUCCAUCAGGAGCCAUCACCACAAACAGUGCCCGCUGGGGGAGCUGCCCGCUUCGAGUGCCAGAUUGAGGGAGUACCCACACCUAUUAUUACCUGGGAAAAGGACAACGUGGCUGUCCCUGAGGAGACAAGGUUCAUUUCCCUUCCUAACGGGGUGCUCCAGAUUCUGGAGGUGACCAAGGUGGAUGAGGGUGCCUACCGCUGUGUUGCAUCCAACUCUGCCAGGAAGGACAUCAGUCAUGAAGCCAGGCUCACUGUCACCACAGGCUCUACUGUAGCCCUGAACAGAGUUGCAAUUGUCGCACCACCUCAGAAUGCAACAGUCGUGCUCGGCCGUCCCGCUGUGAUGGAGUGUAUGGCACAAGGCCAGCCAAAGCCACUGGUGUCCUGGAGCAGACAAGAUGGAAAGCCCAUUUCCACCGAUGUGGUCGUCCUCGCAACAAACCUGGUGAUUAGGGACACGAGGCGUCACCAUGCCGGCGUCUAUGUCUGCCGGGCCAACAAGCCCAAGACCAGAGAAUUUGUCAUUGCUGCUGCUGAGCUGCAUGUGCCUGCCCCUCCAGUGAUUCUACAGCCCCCAGAGACAACGUCCCUCUCCCGGGGAAACACAGCCAGGUUUGUGUGCAACAGUUCCGGGGAGCCUCCUCCAGUGUUGCACUGGCUGAAGAACGGCCAGCCCAUCAAGUCAUUCAGACGGGUGAAGAGCCAAAGCCCUGGAGUCUUGCUCAUCAACCAGCUGGCACUGGAGGAUGCGGGCUAUUACCAGUGCAUAGCAGACAACGGGCUGGGCACGGCCUGUGCCACUGCCAAGCUGACAGUCAUUGUGAGGGAAGGUCUGCCCAGCGCUCCUCGCCACCUUUCUGCCACACCCUACUCCAGCACAACUGCCCUACUCACCUGGGAGAAACCAGAGUACAACUCAGACCAAAUCAUCGGCUACUCUGUGCACUGCCAAAGCGCCGCAGACUCAGAUAAUGUGGAGUACCAGUUUGCGAUGAACAACGACACCACAGAGUAUCACGUCAAAGAGCUUCUCCCACAUACUGCCUACACAUUCUUUGUGGUGGCUUACUCACCCAUGGGUGCCAGUCGCCCAUCCCUGCCUGUUACUGUAGAGAUGCUGGAGGAUGUGCCGAGUGCACCUCCUCAGCUGUCUAUAGCCAGCACCUCCCCCACAGACAUCAGGCUGAUGUGGCAUCCAUUGUCCUCGCAGCACAGUCGAGGAGCUGUUACCCGCUACCGCAUUGAGUACAGCACUCUGGAUCAGGUGGACACUGUGUUCUCAGUGGAAGUGGGGGGUAAUGAGACUCAGUUCACUCUAAGAGAGCUGCAGCCCAACCAGGCGUACCGACUGAGGAUAGCAGCUGGAACAGGCAUUGGCUUUGGGGUUCCCUCUGAGUGGGCCCAGCACCAAACAUUAGCCCACUACAACCACAGCGACCACAGCAUGGUGAUCUUUGCCCCUACUGAGCUAAAGGUCAGAGCCAGAGUGAACACACUCAAUGUGACAUGGCAUCUCUCACCCAAUCACACACUGGUCUCUGGCUACAAACUGUCCUGUCGAGAGGUGGAGGCUGACGAAUCAGCCAAUAGAGAAAGGACAACACAGACCCACACCAUCAGGCUCCGUAAGAAGGCCAGGUAUCAUCUCCUCACUGGGCUGGUCCCUGAUCGGCAGUACGAGGUGAGGGUUUGGGCAUUCAACAAGCAGAUAGAUGGAGCAGCUGCUGUGUGGAAGGGAAGGACAGACAAGGCCCAUGACAGAACGUCGUCACUGCCCAUGCGCCCGCCUCCAUUGCCCCCAAGCAGCAUCCAAGCCACAGCCAAUGGCUCCACCUCUAUCUGGCUGCGCUGGGAAAAACCACGGUUCAGCAAUGUACGUAUCAUCAACUACACAGUGCGCUGCAGCCCAGCAGGAACCACCAACGCCUCUCUGGUCUCCUAUCACACCAGCUCUGUUCAGGAGAUACUGCUCGGGGCGUUGAAGCCCUUCACCCGCUAUGAGCUGGCAGUGCAGUCUAAUGGAGUGGACGUGGUGGGUCCGUUCAGCGGCACAGUGGAGGAGUCUACUCUGUCUGACCGGCCCUCCACACCUCCGGAGGAGCUGCAGCUGAGUGCUCUGGACUCCUCCUCUGUGCUGGUGAGCUGGCGCCCUCCGCUGGAGCCUAAUGGCAUCAUCAUCAGCUACAGGAUCUUGUACAGUGGCAACCUCAGCCAGCCUGAGCACUUGUGGGAAAACCUCUCUCAGGAUGGGAGCAUUACCAGUGUGGAGGUCCAGGGUUUGUCCAGUGGCACCCGUUACUUUUUUAAGUUGGGAGCAUCUACUGAGGUGGGGCCAGGGCCAUAUUCUCCUGUAAAGGAAGUUCACACCCCUCUUCAGAAAUAUGAGCUGGACAUCCAUGCAGUGACAGGCAUCAUAGUCGGUGUGUGUCUGGGACUGAUAUGCAUCCUCCUCUGCAUGUGUUUCAGCUUUCGUAAUGGCAAAUCCAGGGAGGUGUCUGGGGUCCUGGACUCCACAGCUGUGACCCCUCAGUACAGGAGAGGAGGCAGCCCCGUUCCCUCCAACGUGCCAGAGUGCAGCGAUAGCCACGAGCUGGAGACACUGAUGCCCCCAGGCAGCCAAGAGUCUGGUCAGCCGCUAGAAGAAGCCCUAGAGGAGCAGAGCCUGAUGGCAAGUGCUAAUAUAGGGGAAGGGGAGGAUGCCCCUGCACCUGAACCCAAGGCUGCUUGGAAUGGCUCUGUGAGUCAUAACUGGGCCAACAGAAUCACUAGAUACAGAGACACCAUGACAGAAGACUCUCCAACACUCAUUAACGGAACUCUCAGCAUGCUAAUUACUGAUAACGGCACGGACUUAGAAGAUCGUCUGUGUACAUCUAUGUGCAGUCACCAGGUUGAGGCAGAAGUCAUCGUUCACUCAGAGCUGUCAGACCCAGGGAGGGAGAAAGAGGAGGAGGGCAGCGAAAGGGAUUCUAACACCACAAGGGGACCCUCAUUAUCAGAGGACAGAUAUUCCCCUUUGAGCCAGCCAAGCCCACCAGGAGAGGAGGACACUCUAGAAAAACUAUCACUGGCCCAAAGCCCCUCAAGUCUUCCCUCAAUAAAGUUGGUGGCCAAUCACAACGGGGAGCUAGAAGGCACGGGAGACCAGCCGAAUGCAGACUUAGAGCCACAGCAGGACAUGGGGCUAACCAAUGGUUUCCACUCCCCAAAAACCGUGUGUUCUGUGCUGAGGUCAGAGCAUCUGGAGAACGGGGACUCCAGACAUUGCCCUUUGGCACCAGGGAAGGCCAUCUCUGCCGGGCUGUCCCCUGCCCCCUUUGUCAGCUCCGGCUUUGUCCACUCUACCUCAGCAGCACAUAGUUAUCUGUGCCCGUAGCCUCUGCAUGUAGGGCAUCGACCCUUACACGAACACAGACAUCAGACUGAUAUUCUUUCUUUUACGUACCCAGGAAGAAUCCCUAAGGAUUAUUUUUAUGCACCUCAUUAUUGGAUUCCUUUCUCUUCCUUGCAAAGUUUUUAUAGGUACUUUGAAUCCAUUGUUUCAUACGUGUGUAAUGUAUACAUACACAGUAUAUUUUAGUGGUGGAGAACUGUAUAUGGGUAUGCAUUCUCUAGCAUUGGUAUGAUAUUUUCCUCUGGGUUUCUUUCCUGUCCGUUGGAAAGAAAAGAAAGAUUUAACUUAACUAAGCAGAUGGAAGUGGAUUGAAGGAAGCUAUUCCCACUGUGUCGCACAUGGCUCUGUUCCACUCAGGAAUGAGAAAGCCUGGAAUGUUCCGUGAGUGAGUGAGACGGGCUAUCAUCCUUGUUGUUUGGAUCGGAAGCGCAGUCUCAAUGAGUCUCCCUGGGCUUCAUCUGGUGGAUGCUACUUUACUGUGGCACUGAGGAAUAAGCCUUAAAGAGUAUCUGCACACUCUGAGAGUACAGAAUACCUGUAUCUCUCUCCAGCCUCCUGCUGUCUCAGGGUCCGCAGACACACAUUCACACACACACUGAAACACACACAGAAAGCUAAAAUAUAGCUGAUUCCGUGGUAUAACCAUGAACACAAAUUUACACACACAUUUCAUUUCCUGAUUGGAGUGUGGAGGUCUCAGGUGCCUAAUUAUUGUAGGUGCGUUUAUAACCUCUGUAUAUUUCUAUGGAUGAUUAUGUUCAGUACAAAUACAAAACACGUGUCAAUAUGAAAGAAAAAACACUCAAAAUGUAAAAAGAUAUGGAGUAUACAGAUUUGGUAGACAUGAAGUAUUCUUUUCCAAAAUGCCAUAUAUCCGGGUGGUGUGAUUGUAUAAAUCAGGGACACUCAGUUGAAAAGUAAAAAGUGUUGUGCUGUAUUUCAGAUGGUGGAUAUCUCAUUUUGGAAUCAAAGUAUUUACAUGUUCAUGUUGGUAUUGGUUUUAUUAUGUUGGUGGGAGAACUAGAGAAUAUGUUACAACAAUACAUCUGUAGACCACUCUUCUGGUUUGACUCCCAAUUAGGGAUGCACCAAUGCGAUUAUGUGCCAUUAGUUGUCCAAAAAAAAUGUGCUCCAAUUUUUUUACAUUGACCCCAAACUGUUCAACGUAUUCCUUAAGUAUUCGAUCAGAUUGCUUUUCAUAAUUGACCGAUAUGUGAGGCUGAGUGAGUCAGUAUUGGUUUUGAAAGUUUAAAAUUGGAACUGGUGCAUCCCUACUCCUUAUCAACAAUACUACCUCAUUUCUUUUCAGAAUGGUUUCCAGUGUGGUUUUAUUAGUUUUAUGUAACUAGCAUAUUUUUAAGAUCUCUUUCCUAACUCGUCUGAUUUUACAGCCUUUGGUAUUUGCAGAAGUAAUCGUCUGACACUGACUUCAUGUUCUUGUGUUUUGUCAAAGGAAUUUAUGUCGCUUUAGUGCAUUGCAGCUUCCUCUCAGAUCUCUGAAGAUUGUGUCACCCAGUAUUAUGUUACUGUUAAAGCCCUACAGAAAACAUAAACACCUGGUGUCUUUGAUACGAAGCACCUGAAACUGGGUCCAGCCAUUUUCAUCAAAUUGCCAUUUUGGAUCUGAAGUUGCAGUCAAAUUAGCGCCAACUAUAGGCAAGGACAGUAAUAGCUCCUGCAAUUUGACACUUGUGUCAUCUGCAGGCAAUGAGUGUUACUGCUAAUCCCCCCCCCCUUUAAAGAUUUAUGUAAAAUGUAAAACCAAAAAGAACUCACACCAAAAGAAAAUCUAAAUUCUGCGCCUGGUCACACCAGCAUUUAAAACAGUGAUUCCGUUAGAAUGAAUUGAAAUUGCUGCGAUCAGAGGAGGCAAAAUUAACCUGUGCUAAUGAAGAGUUCAACUUCUGUGAACUUUGACACGAGAAUUUGCGCCAUUGACCAAUAGCAAGCCGUCUUGACAGUGCUGACCUUUGAGGGGAUGGAGAGCCAGAAAGUCCAAAAUGGAGGAAGCUAUUUUAGCUUAUUUGCUGUUUUGCACGAAUCACUUUUAUUUGACCUCCUCUGUUGGAGGAAAAACUGUUCCACAAAAGAGACAUGGUUAGCAGACAGUUAUGAGACAGGAGUUGAUUGUACAAAUAUGUCUUUUAAAUAAACUGCGUGAACUGAGCUAAGAUAACAAGAUAACUGACUGUUAGCAAGCUCGUUAGCUCGGAAAAUGCCAGGGUGACGUAAACAGAACAGCAGAGAGAAAAUAGAGAGAAGCUCUCAGAGCUAUUGUUACUGAGUUAACGGUUAGCUCGCCAGCUAUAGCAAUUCACCAACUAGCCCCGCGAGUAGUCACUAAGCAUCCGGCCCCACCUCUUUCAUGUGGACGAGUGAAUGUCACUUUGUGGUGUGACCGCCGCUUAACACUCAUUGCCUGUAGGUGUCAAAAGUGUUAAGAAAACUGCUUUAACAUUCUAUGCCUGUAGGAGGCAAUAAUUGGCAUGUCUUUAUUCAUGAGAAAGAGUUUGUGAGUUAGUUACAAGCUGGUUCCAUUAGGUGCUUCACAUCAAAGAGACUAUUUUAAGGAUGCUAUAACACUAUACUUUAACUCAUUUAACUCAGAAAGGGCAAGGGUUACUCUGUAGGAGUGCGAUAUGUAGAAGAUAUAUACGGUCAUAGCCUACAUCUGUGUGAUUCUGAAAUAAUGACAAGUUUGCUACGGUUGGGAUCAGUUAAUAAUAAUAAUAGUAAUAAUAGUAAUAAUAUCCACUUUAAAGAUUGAUGGUAUUAAGCAGAGCAUUCGGUGUAGCCCAGUUGUACAUGACGUCUCAUCUUCUCUCAGGUGGCUCUCUUAUAGUCAUCCAAACCCCUUCUAUCCUGCCCAUGUUUCUACCCAUGUCCAUUUAAGUGUCAUCUCACCAGCUCAACUCAAUCACAUCAGCAACAAAAAUGUAAAUGGUUCCUCAUGACAUAUAUGAAACACCACGUUUCCCACCAACAUAAUUGUGUUUUCUCUAAAACUUAUUUUGUUCUUGGUUUUCCAAACAAAAUGUAUGGUUGGUACCUCAAAGAGAGUUAUUUUUUUAUUAGCAUUGCCAUGUAUGUACUUAACAUCACAACAAGAUUAACAUGUUUUUACUGCAAUAGCAGUCAUAUAGGGACAGACGUGAAUGUGUUCUUAGCAAACCUGGGUCAAACAUUAAUUAGAAGGUCUUUUGGGGGUGAAUGAGUGGGUUUUGCCAUGUCAGGAGAAUUCAGAUUUUACCCACUGUCAGUUAUAGAAAUGUUUAUGAAAUACCUUCUUACCAGACUUUUAAAAAAUGAAUGGCACUCACUAUACUGUUUGGCAAGCCACACUUAAAUGGUACAUAAAGAGAAAUUCAACAGCAAGCUCACCUGUGGCAGGAAACUGCUGCUGCACCACCCAGCUCAUCAAUCUAAAGUGGCAGGCCUGUUUUACAUGUGGCCACACUCCAAUUAGUGAUGUCAGAGCAGGUUUCCAUCAGCUGUUAAAAGUAAAACACCUGCUGUGACAUCAUUGAUUUGGGUGACAAUUUAAAUGUAUAGAGAGCAGUGCAGAGACAGCUUUCUGCCCUUGAUGAUCAUUUGCCCUUUAUGUGCAGUAAGCUAAAGCAAACCACCAAAAUGAAAUAUACACACCAGAAAUGUGUGUAUAUUUUUGACCCAGGUUCUUUACUGAUACUGUUCUAUCUUGAUACUGUUUCUCAUCAUCCUCAAAAGCCUGUAUGUCCUGAGUCCAGAAAGAAGCAUAAUAUUUUCAAAAGCAUUCCAGUUUGAUAUCUUAAACAUACCUCUCUCAGUCCACGUCAGCCAUGAUUAGCCAUGCUACCUUAAGAAGAGACGUGCUAAAACCCUUGACUGUGUUCCUGCUGCUCUGAUUGGUUUCACCCAGACCUGGGUCCAGUUCUUCCUUUCACUACACCAUUUGCAGAUACUGAACCCUAAGCUGCAGUAUUUGCAAAAAGGUCAGUGAAUCAGGGCCAUUAAGAUAGUGUUUCAAUUAAGUUGUCGGUCACGGUGACGAAAAUGAAAUUUUCAAACAUUUUCUUGUGAUUGUUGGAAUCUUUUAAGUCUAAAGUUUGCAAAGUUGUCUCUUACCCAACAUGGCCAUUUUCAAAAGAAAAUAAUACACAAGUUUUUAUUUUGUCUGUAUAUUUCUAAGUGAAUGUAAAGCAACCAUGGCUUUGCACACAGCAGCUGUUCACCCUUCCACUAUGGAAAGUGAAAAAGUCUGUAUUGUCACUGCAGACCGACCACAAACAUUUGGCAAUCAAGUAGACUAACAUAAAGUACAAAUUAUUUGCUGCCCAGUAACAGAGAAAGUAAAUUCUAUACACCAUUGCACCAAUUUGUUCUGAUGGACAUUUAACACACUUGGAAAUUCAGUUUAACAAAGACACUAUCACAUCAAUGAUGCAGGAGUUAGAUUUUAUGAUAAUGUAGCUGCCAAACUCUAAUGUAAAAUCUUAGUUGGACGCUGACAUGGUACAGUGUAAAUGAAUUUUAGAAAUAUACAGUAUUUAAAAUUAGGGGUUUCAUGGUCUCCCCCCCCAAUUUCAGUUAAACCACGCUGUUUUGCCUGUGUUUAAAGUCUUGAUGCAGUAGUGGAUUACUAUGGUGUGUGGAGCCGACACAGAGGAUCUGAAAUGGGGAUUAACAUAAAAUAUGCCUCCAGCAUAAAGGAUGAAUGCUCUCUUUAUAGAAGCUCUAUCAACUCUUUUAACCACUAUAUUUUAAAUACAUGUAACUUUUUGCUUUUGUUUGUCUUUUUGUUGGCUAGAACAAUCAGGUUUUUUGGGAGGAAAAUUACUCAUGCUCUCAUUUCGUAGAGAUGAUAAUUACUUUGAUUAUUUUGUUUAUUUCACCCUCCUUUAUAAGGGUUUUAUUAAACAGUAUACCUCAUGUUGGUAACUCGUUGAUUUGAUUCUGAUCAGUUUCUUGAUAAUGCACAUUUUGUAAGAAAUAGAACAUAUACACGUAAGCAUCCUGUUGUUUUGUGAACUAAGUUUUUCAUAGAGGACAGGAUCGACUGUUUCGUUUUACCUCAGUGUGAGUUUUUACUCAUUACAGUGGCCUGGAUGGUCUUGUCUAGCGGUGAAAGGGGUAAACAAAUGAGGGGAGGAGGGGUUGGUGGAAGUAAUCUAAAUUGACUUUUACAUUGUUAUUCUGCAAUAGUAGUUAUGACCAAGCUUUUUAAAGAGUUUAAAGUAUGGGUUCGCUCAAAUGGUACGCUCAUGCUUCAAACAAAAAUCAGAAGAGAAAAAGCAAAAAUGUGUCUGCUUCUGCUGAAUAAUAGCCUGAGUCACUUUUUGGUAGAAUACCACUUUAACACAACCAAGGCGAUUGAAGUACUAAGCAGGGUGAAGGGCUAAAGGGACAUCCUCCCCAGGCAGGUCAUACCUCUCAGGGCAGACAGCCAUUUCAAAAUAAUUGUCUCUUCUCUACUCAGGUGCCCCAUCUUUGCAUAAAAUUGUAGAGAAUCAUGCCAGCAUAUCCGACUCAGAUACAUGUCAUUUUUUGUCAAACAAAGCCUCAUUCAUUUUGUCCUUUUGGAAAGUAAAUCAAGCGAAACUCUUAUGCAUAAGUGAUAUUUUGUUUUGUACAAAUCACUCAGUGUAUUUCUGUCUCUCUGGCUUUUCUCUGUACAUUCUGGUACUUUGUGGUGAGCUGCUUCGUCCAGUGAUGUCACAUUGUUGUGCAUUUUUUGUACGUCUUCUGUAGUUUUGUGUGUACCAGCUCAGUUGUGCUUCUCAGAAUGUGCAAGCACAGACUUAGACUCUGUGGUCAUGUGCCACCAGCGACGCUCUGCAACUACUCAGACACCUUUGUAAGCAUCGUGUGCCGAACAAGACCUCAUUCAUGUCAAAAGACGCUACUGUAGGAGCAAAUUGUAGGAGCACUGAAUAGAUUAGCACUUCGUCUUGGGCCAUGAGCAACUUUGGACUGUCAUCUUUACAUUUCUAGAAGUGCAAUUUUCUUAGUCUGUAAAAUGACAGAUGGAUUACUCAGUGUUAGUCAUGGCGACCGUAGCCAUGAUUUGUGAUAGAAACAUUGCUUGUUCAGAGGAAUCGUAACAGGAUAGGUAGUACUUGUGGUUUGUAGAAAUAUUUCCACUGUGUUACCAUAUGUGAAAAUGUCAAAACUCACAGCAACUGUCAAGAUGUCUGUGGAAACUACUCUUCUGUAAAUAAACAUCAAAGAAAAAUGAAA